UCCUCUGGUUCUGCGCUGAGACCCCGCUGCUGCUGCCACCGCCACGGCUGCCGCCACCGCCACAGCUGCCGCCGCCGCUGUCGCGGUCGUCCCUGCCCUUCCUGGCUUCGGGGUGCUCCCCGCACGCCACAGGCCUAUUGGUGACCCUGACCCCUGCCCUCCCCACUCCCCAUGCAUCAGGCUUCUGCUGGUGUCCCUGGAGCAUGGGAAGCUGCUGAGCUUGACCAGUGGUGUCUGGCAGGAGCUGCGUGUCUCACCCUGUGGCAGGGAGGGCAUCCAUGGCUGCAGCCAACAAAGGCAAUAAGCCCAGAGUCCGGAGUAUCCGCUUUGCGACAGGCCAUGAUGCAGAAGGCUCCCAGAGCCAUGUCCACUUUGAUGAGAAGCUGCAUGACUCUGUGGUCAUGGUCACCCAAGAGAGCGACAGCAGCUUUCUGGUCAAGGUUGGCUUCCUGAAGAUCCUGCACAGGUAUGAGAUUACCUUCACUCUGCCCCCAGUGCGCAGGCUGAGCAAGGAGGUCCGAGAGGCACCUGUCCCCAGCCUGCACCUCAAGCUCCUCAGCGUCAUGCCCAUCCCAGAAGGUUACAGCAUCAAGUGUGAGUACUCAGCGCACAAGGAGGGCGUCCUCAAGGAGGAGAUGCUGCUAGCCUGCGAAGGUGGCACCGGCACCUGCGUGCGCGUGAUGGUGCAGGCGCGCGUCAUGGACCGACACCACGGCACACCCAUGCUGCUAGAUGGUGUCAAGUGCGUGGGUGCUGAGCUAGAAUACGACUCAGAGCACAGUGACUGGCACGGCUUCGACUGAGGCCCUCGCCCCCACCUGCCUCGGGGCCUCUCAGCCUUAAACCCCACCUCGUCUCCUCAAAUGCUGCGUGAUGGUGUGGCUUCCUCACCCUUCCCAGGGAUGGGCAUGGAGGUGGAGGGUCCAAGGGCCUCCAAGCUGGAGCCUCGCCCACACCUCUCACCUCAUUUGUGCCACCUCCCUGCCUCUCCAGCAUCCUCCUCUCCCACUUCCUCCUCUCUGUGUGCCUCAGUCUCCUGCUGGAAGAAAUGGGCUGAGCCCCCAAGGAGGCUCUCUGAGGAGGGAUGGAGAGGGCCUGGGGUGGGUUCUACCCACCCCCCUACCCCAAGCCAUAGGGGCUGUAGCCAGGGCCUAGGAGAGGAGGGAGCUGGCUCUGUGGUGUAGCUGCCCCCAUUACUGCUGCUGUCGUCUUGCUUUAGCCAUCUCUCCUGUCCCCUCCCUCUUUCCCACUGCCGUCCAUGGUGAGGAGGAGGGAGGUGCAGUUCCCAAUCCCUACCCCCCCCGGUCUGUGUUUCUUGGUUUUUAAACAACUGGUUGGGAUAAAACCCUAAAGAAAUAAAACUUCCAGUGGA